CUCCAGCCUCCUGGCGUGUUGCGGCACCGGCCAACAAAUAGGAAGGCCCCUGCUCCCGCAGCCUCUGCUGUACGCUACCCGCAGUCCCGCACCCAGCGAGCACUGGCCACUAGCAAGGAGCGCUGCAGCCGCUUUUGGCCCGCACCCUGA